AUGGCCGAUCGCAAAUUAUUUAUUGGUAAUCUUGUACGACGUAUUACUCAAGAUGAUUUAUGGGUUAUGUAUUCAGCAUUUGGACCAUUAGAAGAAUGUGCUAAAUUCCAUGAAUCAUUUGGUUUUGUUCGUUUUUUACAUGCUGAAGAUGCUAAACAAGCAUUAGAUGCUACACAUGGUAUUACACUUAAAGGACGAUGUAUUAAAGUUGAAUUUGCUGCAACUACAACUUCAUGGAGAUCAACAAAUAAUUCAUAUUGUAAUGAAUGUCGUUCAGCAGCUCGGUAUAAUAUUCCACCUAUUCGAGCUGCUGAUGUAUCAACCAAUCGAGUACCUCAUCGUACAGUAGUUAAUACAUCUUUAUCACCACCGCCCAUUGGUCCUAUUGGUCAUCGAAGAGAAAGUCAUCGAAAAUCAAAAUCGAAUUCAUCGACAACGAAUACUUCUGAAACUCGUCGAUCACAUCCUUCUUUUUCAUCACCACCAUCAUCAUAUGCUGCAUCUUCAAGUCAUAUUGCUGAAAUUGAUGAUUAUGAUUGUGAUCUUGAUAGUGGAUAUAAUGAUGAAUAUGAUUCACCAUUAAUAAUAACAUCAACAACAUAUUCAAUUCCAACAUCACCUUGGUAUGAUAUACCUAUUGCUGAUGAAGUAUUCAUAUGGGAUUUUCAACUCUAUAGUGAUGUUGCACGUGAACAUCCAUUAAUUAAAAUCGAUCAUUUAUCAUCGGAAUCAACUGAUGAUGACACAUUAACUGUACUGGAUUAUUUUACGCAAUUAAAUAUUGAAGAAUAUUUAUAA